UUUUUAAGUUCAAAUUUCGAACAAAAACAUUCCGAGUAACAAUCACAAAUUUCGAAGCCAUAUCCGAUAAUAAAACGCAAAUUUAAAUCACUUUCUAUUUAACUUCAAAACAGCCAUAAGAUGAAUAUGAAUUUUCAGUUCAAGAAGGAUCACGCAUUCGAAAAGCGUCGUGCCGAGGGCGAUAAGAUACGCCGCAAGUAUCCGGACCGUGUGCCUGUGAUUGUGGAGCAGGCACCCAAGACACGCUAUAAUUCGCUAGAGAAGAAGAAAUAUCUGGUGCCGAACGAUCUGACAGUGGGACAAUUCUAUUUUCUCAUCCGCAAAAGCAUCAAUCUGCGACCGGAUGAUGCGCUGUUCUUCUUUGUGAACAGCGUUAUUCCACCGACAUCGGCUACUAUGGGGCUGCUCUAUCAGGAGCAUCAUGACAAGGAUUAUUUCCUCUAUUUGGCCUAUUCCGAUGAAAAUAUUUAUGGCCAAGAACCGCCGGCAAUGUAGUUCUCCAAAAUGCUGUAAUUUGUUACUUUCUCUGAUUAAUCGCGACAGUUACAGAGUAUUAAAAAUGCAUACAUAUGUAAAUCGCAAAUGAA